CACAGGUCAUGGUGAUCAGCACCUGCUCCGGAGUCAUUGGAACCUUCUUCCUGGUGGCUGCCAUCAUGAGGAUACGGAACUAUGUUAAACGAAAAAGAGAGGGCAGAGGGCAGAACAAUAACCAUCGCCCUCAGUUCCGGGGAUACAGCGGGGGUCUGCGUGACUCAAGCUCACCAAUACGAGGACAGAACACUAGGUCGGACUCCAUGAGUGGCUCAGUCAGCCCCGAUAGGCAGGUUAACAGCAUUGGGAACUCCAAAGAUUCAGUGCUGUUCAGCAGACAAAGUGGAGACAACUCCUGUGAGCCUCUACUGUCCAUCAUAAGCCACGGGGAUGACAAACCCAUGUUAGUUAUCACCUCUGCCUCUACCUCCAACUCCCCAUCCUCAUCAGGUCGAGGGUCACAAGAGGAGGUCUCUGCUAUCAGCAGGAAUCAAAAGGAUGGUGAUAUCAACAGAUGUGGAGAUGAUGAUGAUGAUGAGCGUGACGUGGAGAACAAGCCGUUACUAAGCAAUGUGAGUGGCCUUGAUGAAACCUCUGACCUGGAAGGUGUGGCCUUUCCGUAUCUAGACUCCUCCCCCAUUGUUCAGGAGGCCAGUCAGAAGCUGGAGAGUACUAGUGUUGAUGGUCUAGCUCCGGACACGUCGAUUCCGUCGGAUUUAGGGGACAUAGUAAUGUCAGACCAAGAGGCAGGCAUUGUGUCUGACAACGAAACAGCCGAAGAAAAUCUGGGUGCGAGGGGACUGGCUGGCUUGUCCCAGUCCGAUUCAAGCUUAUCUUCAAAUAACCCGUCAUAUCGCUAUGGUAACCAGGUAGAGUAUAUCAAUGAGUGUGGGAACGAGUACGAAUCUUACUUCCCGCCUCUCUCUGAUGAAGAUUUCCUCCAGGUCACAGAUACAGAUGACACAGCAUCCAGUCCUGCUGUGUUUUCAGAAAGGCAGCCAUUUAUUCCACAACUUGACAGCUUUGACAGCCUGUCAGGGAUCAGUUUCAACCCAAGUGACCUGAACUUUGACGUGGAGGAAAGGAAGAUGACUCCCAUUGAAGAGUUACCUCCCCCUCCACCGGAGCUCUUCAGGGGCUCCUCUUUAGAGGACGCUUCUCCGGUUGUCAAUGGAAACAAUAAUACUCCAUUGUUAGCUCAGCAUGCACCGCAUGAACCGGCAAGCAAUAACAGGGAAUCGACGAAUUUGCAGAGCACCCCUCCUAACAUGCUCAACCAGAACUGUGACGCAACUACGAAUGCUGAGGACGGAAAAGGGGACUCCAAGCAAUUCCCAGAUCUGGACACAGUAAAAAGUUGUGUAGACAGUGACGUAACGAGGACAGUAAACGACGGCUUAGGUGAUUCGUACAGUUGUGAUGUACAGUCAUUGCCUGUGAACUCGCAGCUGUCUUCUGACCAGACUUCCCUUUUGUGAUUCCGAACUUGUCUCAAAUGGAUACAGAUGUACAUAUAUAUUGAUUGGCCACUUGAAAAUGGCAGGUCACAAGUAAUGGUUUAGUCUGUGUUACAGUCUGUUACAUUUGUGCUUCAUGCAAACCAGUCUGACACAUGUAACAAAGUGAUCAGGAGCAACAGGAGUUAAAUUUCCUUCUGUGGCAAAUAUUGUGCAAAAAAAGUGCCUGCAGUUGAAGAAAUAAAACGAGAGUGUAUGUUGCCAAAAAGAUUCUUCCAUUUGUCAGUGGAAAUAUAUCUUGGCAUUAAAGGCAAUUUAAUUGUGUUUUCAUCCCAGUUGAUGAACUUGAUGGAAAAACAAAAACGAGAAUUGAAAAAGAGAUUUAAAUAAUGAAACAAAAACCAGAUACCUUUUCACCUUACAUGUCUAUAUUGAAGUGAAGUGUGUUUUCAGAUUGGUGACGCUAACUGCACAUGCAGAUGAUUUUUUCCAUGAAGAGAAGCUGCAUGCACUUAUAUAACUUGUGUGGACAAACUGAGUUCUGUUCAAAGAACAUUUUGUAUCCAGUAAGAAAUGGUUGUAUCUGUGUAGUUGUUUGAGACGUGAAUGCCACUAGUGUCUCUUUGGAUUUCCAGUUAACUCUCAGGAAAGCACCUAACAUUUACAUGUUGUCUGUCAUCAGUAGCAGAGUGGUCAUGGCCACAGCAUCAGUGUAUAUACAUGUAGGAUCAGAUUGGUGAGUGAGUGAGUGAGUGCUUGGGGUUUAACGUCGUACUUAACAAUUUUUCAGUCAUAAGACGACAAAGGAAUCAUUAGAGUGCAUGUAAUGUGCCUCCUUGUUGCAGGACGGAUUUUCACCGUUCUUUUAUCUAGUGCUGCUUCACUGAGGCUCCUCACUGAAGGCAAGUAAGCCGCCCCACCCAAGCCAUUAUACUGAUACGGGUCAACCAGCUGUUGCACUAUCCCCUUCAUGCUGAAUGCCAAGCGAGGAAGUUACAACUUCCUCUUUUAAGGUCUUGGGUGUGACUCGACCCAAGAUUGACCCUGUAUCUACCGCUCCCGAAAAGGGCGCUUUACCAACCGUGCUAUCAGGGGCGGGUGGAUCAGAUUGGGUAGGACAUUUGAUUCAUUAUAAAGGCUGCAGUGACAAGGGUUGUACCAGUAUGCAUGGCCUUACCGAUCAUUGUCAGCAAUACUAGCUGGUAUGCAAGGAAUCCAAAACCAAUUUUUCUCCACUUCUCAGACAUGGAGAAUGUAUGGAUCAGACCUCAGGCACGAGAUUUUCUUGAGUACCGGUUUGGUCUAAAACACCAGUCAAAUAAAUAAAUAAAUAAAUAAUG